GCUGAUUUGGCUUUCAUUCCAUUUCCAUUUAAAGAAUCUGGUAGUCUGGUGGACUUUCUCCACUGUGUCGCCGUCAGGGGAUGAAGUAAUUUGCACUUUUACCUUAAUUGGUUAUUGAAUGCACCUGUCGGCCCACACAGAAAAGUAUUUUUACUCCUUUUAUUUAGCGGCAGACAUCUGGUCACAGUGGGAAAGGCGCAGGUGGGUCGGCUCUCAGGCUCUUUUUCUUCAUGGACGUGUCAAAUUGUGUCCGGGGAAAGAUGUGUUCCUUUGCUGCCCCCCCCCCCUUAAGGGACUACUUUUGUAGGCGAGAAAAAAUGUUUAAACUGAAGUGGACAAUUUGGACACCAUUUACUUAAAUGAACAUCAUGCUGUAUUGAAGAAACUAGUGAUUAAGAUCAGAUCAGUUGACAUUGUUUACAAAUGUAACACUGGUCAUCUCGUCGUGGCAGUGAUCUUCAUGCCGAGUCCUCUAAUUCUCUCUUCUAAUUGAAUUAAUUAUAUUUUUCAAAAGGAGUCCUUGAAGGCGCCUUCGGCCAAGUCACGCAGCAAUGCUUACCGUUGUAAAGAGAAAUGCAGGUAUCAAGGGUAGACCGCACUAUUGCGUGUGUUCCAGCUGCCGUGAUUCCCCCCGUGUGGAGACAAAUACACGCCGUAGGAAAGCGUUUGUCACAUGACUCUCUCAUGCAUCCGAUGACCUUUAGUCAAACUCAAAACAACGUCGUGGCCUGCAGCAACAACAGUUUUUCGGGUGGUUCCUGAAUUCACCUGUCUGUUUGCGAUUUUUAUAUUUUGCAGAGUGCACGUUUCAGAAGAGUUGGAACCCCCUCCCCCCCCUUCCCCUCCCGCCCCCCGACCCCUCACACAGUAGCAUCUGGACUGGGGGGCCAAGGAGGCGGAGACGUCUUACGACAGCCGUGCAGUCAGCUUGUAGCCACUCUGAACUGUCUGCAGCCUUGAGUCAGUCCUUCACUCCAGACGCCACACAGCAGCCGCUGAAGGCGCACAGUCGGGGACCAGACGCAAGGGGACCAUGCGAGUCCACGUGCACACCAAGUUUUGUUUCCUGUGCGUGCUCACCUUCCUCUUCCAUCAGUGCCACCGCAGCCAUGGAGACGGGCACAACCACCUGCAUGGCGGACACCCCCAUGCCGACAACACCCACAGCGACCUGCAGAUCUCCGAGGCCCCGUACGUUAGGGCAGCCCCUCUGUCCCCAGGCUCCAAAAGGCCCCACGGGGAGUCUCUGGAGGAGGAGCAGCGCUUCUACAUCCAGGAACUGUUCAGCCGCUACGGCCAGAAGGACCGGCUGGAUUUCCAGGGCUUCCAGAGCUUGCUGUUGAGUCUGGGUCUGGGUGAGGUCAAGGUGGUCGACGUGGACCACGAGGAGCUGGGCCACGACCACGUGGCUCACCUCGACCUGGUGGACGUGCAGGAGGGGCUUCACUCGCACUCGUCCGCCAACGAGGGGCACGGCCAUCCGCACCACAAGGCCGGCGCCCACCAGCCGCACGCCACCAGCAAGUCCCAGCACACCGCCGCCGAGCCCGGCGCCAGAGUGCAGACAGGGCGCGAUCACGGCCACGGCCAUCAUGAUCACGCCCACGAUGACCAUGGCCACGGCGAUCACGGCCACGAUGACCAUGGCCACGGCGAUCACGGCCACGAUGAUCACGCCGAUCACGGCCACGAUGAUCACGCCGAUCACGCCCACGAUGACCAUGGCCACGAUGAUCACGCCGAUCACGCCCACGAUGACCAUGGCCACGGCGAUCACGCCCACGAUGAUCAUGGCCACGGCGAUCACGCCCACGCCCACGGCGAUCACACCCACGAUGACCACGCCCACGGCAACCAUGAACAUGCCCCCAUGGUGCAACUGGUCACAGAAGCUCCUCCCUCUCCCCAGUUGGAGCCGUCCCGACUGCCCCCGGCGCCGCGGUCCUCCCCCGCCACCACAGAAAGUCGGCCCAAGAAGACGAGAAAGCCGACCCGGGUCAGAGGACAGCGAGGGCAAAACGGAACGCCGUCUGUUCCGCUGCCACAGUCCAAGGAUCAGGACCAGCAACCCGAUCACAGUCGCUCUCACAAGGAGAAGAGAGAAGCCCCCGGGGGGCGCGCCACCCCCCCAACUUUGCCAGUGCCCGUCUGGUCGGGCCACCUGGAAGGAUUGUCCCACCAGCACGAGGAGUGUUUGAACCUGACUCAGCUCCUCACCUACUACGGCCUGAACCCCGACUCGGUCAUCUCGCCCAGCCAGUUCACCUACCUGUGCCCCGCUCUGCUCUACCAGAUCGACAGCCGCGUCUGCAUCCGCCAUUACCACCAGAUGGACGUGCAGCAGAAAGUCUUGGCGCCCGGGUGGGUGUGGCUGUGGGGCUUCGUGUCCAUCACCAUCAUCAGCCUGCUGUCUCUGCUGGGCGUGGUGCUCGUCCCCAUCCUCAAGCAGUCCUGCUUCAAGUUCCUGCUCACCUUCCUGGUGGCGCUGGCCGUGGGGACGCUCAGCGGCGACGCCCUGCUGCACCUGCUGCCCCACUCUCAAGGGCCGCACAAGCACGGCGAGCGCGGGACGGGGAAGGAGGUCGACAUGGUGGAGGACUUUGACGGCGUGUGGAAGGGCCUGACGGCGCUCGCCGGCAUCUACCUCCUCUUCAUCAUCGAGCACUGCAUCGGCAUGUUCAAGCACUACAAGGACCACAAGGGCCUGAAGAAGGCCAACGAGGGGGGGAAGAUCGGCAGGAAGCUGUCCGACCACAAGCUGAACCGCCGCUCGGAUGCGGAGUGGCUGCACCUGAAGCCCCUCGGGGGAGAUCCUGACAGCAGUGCCGUCUCCUGCGACAACGGUCACAACGACACGCAGCUCUCGGAGCUUCGGGCGCCCGACUCUCCGACCCACAAGACGCCGCUGGCGCCGGCGAACGUCCACCAGGAGCACCAGACCCCCGGCAAGGAGAACGGGGGCAAGGCCAAGCACCGGGGGGGCCACUCCCACGGCCACGGCCACUCCCACGGAGGGAACUGCCACUCGGACCAGGAGAUGAAGGACGCCGGGAUAGCCAGCAUCGCCUGGAUGGUCAUCAUGGGCGACGGGAUGCACAACUUCAGCGACGGCCUGGCCAUCGGCGCGGCGUUCAGUGCGAACCUGACGGGGGGCAUCAGUACGUCUGUGGCUGUUUUCUGCCACGAAUUACCUCACGAACUCGGUGACUUUGCGGUGCUGCUGAAAGCCGGCAUGUCGGUGAAGCAGGCCAUCUUCUACAAUCUGCUGUCGGCCCUCAUGGCCUACGUCGGCAUGGUGAUCGGCACCGCCGUGGGCCAGUACACGCACAACGUCACCAACUGGAUCUUCGCCAUCACGGCCGGCAUGUUCCUCUACGUGGCGCUGGUGGAUAUGCUGCCAGAAAUGCUCCACGGGGACAGUGAGGACCACAAGCGCUGCCAGCUGGGACACUUUGUCCUGCAGAACCUGGGCAUGCUGACCGGGUUCGGCAUCAUGCUGCUCAUCGCCAUCUUCGAGGACCGCAUUGUUUUCAAUUUUAACUUUUAGUCGAGGAGGGUCUUGGGUGGGGGGGUGGGUGUAUUGGAUUGUUCCUCCGAGGCCUUAGCGAGCUUUGAUGGGAACACAGUGGCCCGGUCUUAUGCAUAUCUCAUGACUCUGCCCCCCCCCCCCCCACCCCUUGCAUGUCCAACGGCGGCUCCGACCCGGAGAAGGAGAGCAAGGCGGAUGCAGAGGACGCCGCCUCUGUUUGUUUUUUCCUUAGAUGGAGCAAACAAGGAAGGUGGCGUUCCUGUCACAAGCCGCCGGCUCGCAUCAGCAUCGCCGCCUGUUGUUAGCUGUGUUGUCGCCCCCCCCCCCCUCAUGUCGUAUCAUCCUGUGUGCCGCCAUCCACGCCUCGUACGUCUGUGGCCACCGGCGCUGCGUCCCGGUUCAACCGCGGCCUCACAUUCAAAAUGUAGUGACCGUGUUCCCCUGACCUUUCAUUGUAGAACAUUUAAAAGGCAGUGAUUCUUCUUUUGCGUUUUAUAGUCUGAUUGGAAGCUGCUCCUUGUGAUCCAUCACAGCUGCCAAAGCCGUUGUAAAUUAGCAUUUCAACACUUUCCAUGUUUCCUGUCUCUAGACGUUAGAAGUGUCCGACCAAUUUGAGUUUUUCAGGGUUUGACAAUCUGUUGCGGUUACAUUGUUUCUUUAUAAGAAUCAGCAGCUUCAAAAUGUGAAUUGAGACAAACUGUUGUAGUUCACUAGAUUUAUUUAGAGUGUCUCUGAGAUAAAAGGUGCGUAUUCCAAUCAGAGCGCCGUGCAGUGGACAUUUCCUCCCAGAAGGCGGGCCAGUUGUCACACUAAUGCAGACUCCUUUAUUUAGGUUUUUUUAAGACAAACUGUACUCGAGGUCAUUAUAGCUUCAGUAUUCAAGCAGCAAAGAUCUAUGUUUUGCCGCUGCUUAAAAUUAGAUUUGAAAGUACUUCUUUCAAUAAAUGAACUUCCUGACAAUCGUGAGGAGCAGGAGUCAUUAAGCCGGGGGGGGGCGUGGACCGUUAUUUGGAACAUCGACGUUCUGCUCACUGCCGGAGUGCAGAUUUUCAGUGGCUGGCGCUUGACACGCAUCCCCCCCCCCCCCCCCCUCCCUUACAUUCCAUUGGCUGUCCUUAAGCUGCUAGAGCACAACAUAAAUGUGGCUUCAUUUAUCCUGUCACUGUGUGACAUCCAUCAUCUUAAGUCUCAACUGGCUGUAGAUCAUCGCGGGUCACAUGGGAGUCCUGCAUGAAGCAUGAAGCGCUGCAGACGUGUUGAUUUGGUUCUUUGAACCCGUCGGAAGUCUUUGUUACUUUUUAAAUGAGUGAAGACGCCCGAGGAGUGUUUUUGGGGCGUAGUGUGACCGGAGCCUUUUUUUAAAGUUCAUCUGAAUGUACUUUCAUCCCAAGCAAAGUUCAUAAUUUGAAACGUGACUAUUUGAUAUAGAUAUAUUUUUUAAGAGAUAUUCCUUUUUCUGAUUUUCUUGUGACUCUAACAUCCAGCUGGAGACACUACGCCCCCAAAGCGUGUUUAUUGGGUCAAACAAUGCCUGUAAAAUGAAGGUUAAUGAUUGUUUAUUUUUGCUUUCUUGUAUGUAUGUUUAUUUAGUAUUCUGGAUAUAAAAUGCAAAGUAUGACAUUGUCGCUGUUGGCCUGCAUUCUCCGCAUCACGGGAGGAAAUAAACUGAUGAAUCCAUA